AUGGCGAGCAGCAUGGCGCUGCUGCUGCUGCUCCUGGCGGCGGUCGCGUCCACCACCGCCGAGCUGGACGAGAGGGAUCCGCACGUCGAGCUAGCGUCCAUCAACGCCGAGCUGCUCAAGGCGGUGGUCGCGUCCACCUCCACCACCGCCGAGCUGGAUGAGAGGGAGCCGCACGUCGAGCCAGCCGACGAAGGCGGCUACAAGACGUACAUCAUCCUCCUCGAGCCACCAGAAGGAGGCCAAGAUGCCGAUGCUGAUGCUGUAGAGGCCUGGCACCGCUCCUUCCUGCCGUCGACGACGACGGCACAAGGCAAGCCCAGGCUGCUCUACUCCUACCGGACCGUCUUCACCGGCUUCGCCGCGUGGCUGACGGAGGAGGAGCUGAAGGAGCUCUCCGCCAAGCCGGGCUUCGUCCGCUCCUUCCCGAACAUCAUCUACGGCGCGCAGACGACGCACACGCCGUCGUUCCUCGGCCUGCCGAAACGCAUGGGGGAGGCGCCCGACAACUGGCCCGGCAACGACGACUUCCACCCUUCGCUGGAGGACAAUGGGUUUGGGAGCAUCGACCUGCCGGAGGCUCGUGCCGUCAGGACAUGA